AUGGAUCCACAGGUUGGACAAGCUAUUGGUUUGGUUGAAGGUCAAAAGAUCGAUGUGGAAUUCUGUCGUAAUGUACCGGACUGUGCGUCUGUACACGUCGAGCCACAUACCGAAGACGAUUGGGAAAUCUUGGAACUUCAUGCUGGCUACGUGGAGGAGAACUUGUUGGGACAAAUUAGAGCGGUCUAUAAUAACCAAUUGAUGAGCGUAUGGAUCCAUGGACGAACGCUGGUCCGUCUUCGCGUUGCCGAACUGGAUCCCAAGGUGCCAGUAGUCAAGCUAAAUACGAAUUCUGAAGUGAUUGUCGCACCAAAAGUCAGAAAACAACCCAAACCAGCAGCCGAGGUCGCUGCAUCCUUGACGAAACAGCAAAAGGCAGCACCUCAUGUCUAUUUGCGCAACUUGCCAUUGGGUGUUGCUGUUACUGACCUCUUGGCCCCCGUUAUGGUGCACCCGGAUUCAAUUGGCGAUGUUAAAGGGUCAGAACUGGUGUGUGUUUCCAAGGUCACCCCCGGCUUCGUCCGUCAAAAGUCAGGCUCGUCCGGAGAUGACAGCAAGGAUGCGUCAAUGGGUGCCGCUGGUGGAGAGGGACAAGAGCAUGGUCAUGGGGAUCAUUCGAUUGCUCCAGCAAAGGAAAUGUAUGCACCCGUGGUAUUGAACUCGGCUGUGCCUCGACAUCAUGUAUAUGUAGAUGAAACGAUUCGACAUACGCUGGAAAUUAAGGACUUUGAUACUGUAAAAGUUGCCACCGUGACCAUGAAGAACAGUCCAUUGGGGUCAAUUAUCCUACGCCAACGAGUAUCGCCUGCUGCUGCCAACCACUCAUCAUUACGACUUGGUUUGGAUGCCCAUGCUCAAAAGCAGGCACAAGAAAAGAUAGAUCGAAAUGAUGCAUUGAUCCAAUCUUUCCGAGAUUGGCUUGACAAGAGUCCGAAUGACAAGAUCAUUGUAACACAAGGCACUGUUUACACAGCAAAUCUAGGAGAGGAUAAAGAAAAUCAGCAGCAUUGUUCAUCUCUUGUCCAAUUUGGACAAAAGAAAGGCCUCUUUUCAAGUCUGAAUGGCGGUAUGAAUGCAACGGGGUCUCCGCAAAGCAGCGAUACAAUCAGUGAGUAUGUUAUCAUUGCCAAGUCUCAGAUCAAGGGAUUACAAGUCGAAAUUGGAGAGGAUAUUGUGACAUCGGGUCUGGAAGAAGCGUCCAAAGUUAAAAGUAGCAGUGUUGAGCAACCUAUCGUGUUGGGUGGUGUCAACAAGCUCUAUGAAAAGAUCCAUCAAUACACCGUGGCCAACGUCGCCGACAAGGACUUGAAACAGGCGCUGUCUGUACCUGGUUGCGGUGGCAUUCUGGUUACCGGUGCACAUGGUGCAGGCAAAACGAGUUUGGUGAAAAAGCUGAUCCAUUCAUUACACUGUGAUCCCAAGGCGCUCAUUUAUACCCGUGAGGUCAACUGCGCAGAAGUAGCAGAAGAACGCGUGCCAACGUUCAAAGACUUGUUACAACAAUGGUUUGACGAAGCAGCAUGGCACGCCCCGUCCUUGCUUUUUUUCGAUGACAUCGACCGCCUUAUUCCAGCUGAAGUUGAGCACGCGGACUCUACUCGAUCUCGCCACCUUGCUGAGCUGUUUCUGCGAACGGCUUCCAAGAUGACCAAGCGACACCAGAUCAUGAUUAUUGCCACAUCACAUCAACAGCAGUCGCUGCAUCCAACGCUUAUUGGAAACCACGUAUUUACCGAAUUGAGACAUCUUAAUCCACCCUCGCGAGACGAGCGUAAAGAGAUCAUGGAAACCAUCAUGGCAAACGGACCUGAGAUCUUGCAACGAAGUCUACCACUGAUCGACUUUGUUGCAGUAGCAUCUGAAACAGAAGGCUAUCUGGCAGCAGACCUAAAGGCACUGAUUGAACGUACUGUUCAUGAAGGCGCUAUCCGUAGUAUCAAGGAGAAAAGAGACGAUGAAAAGACAGGAGCAGAAGCAACAGCAGAAAUCGCGUCGUCGUCUACAACCGCUUUGCAAUUAACACAACAGGAUUUCAAAAAGGCUCGCGAGGAUUUUGUUCCUUCAUCUUUGCGUGGUGUUAAGUUGCAAAGCUCGGGUGUACAAUGGGCCGAUAUUGGUGGUCUAAAUGAAACGCGCAAGGCAUUGUUAGAAACACUCGAGUGGCCCACCAAGUAUUCUGCUGUAUUCUCACAGUGUCCUUUGCGACUCAGAUCUGGUGUGAAGGGUCCUGAGAUUCUCAACAAGUAUAUUGGUGCAAGUGAAAAGUCAGUGCGUGAUCUGUUUGAACGGGCACAAGCUGCUAAGCCUUGUGUCUUGUUCUUUGACGAAUUUGAUUCUAUUGCGCCACGGAGAGGUCAUGACAGCACCGGUGUUACUGACCGUGUUGUUAACCAGAUGCUUACGCAAAUGGAUGGUGCUGAAGGUUUGGAUGGCGUUUAUGUAUUGGCAGCUACAAGUCGACCUGAUUUGAUCGAUCCAGCCUUGCUUCGUCCUGGUCGUCUGGACAAGUCCUUAUUGUGCGGCAUGCCGUCUUUUGAUGAGCGAUUAGAGAUUCUGGAAGCUUUGUCCCGCAAAAUGACAUUAGCGUCCGACGUCGAUCUUAAGAUCUAUUCUGAGAAAACCGAGGGCUAUUCCGGCGCUGAUCUUCAGGGCUUUUUGUACAAUGCUCAUUUGGAAGCCAUCCAUGGUGCUGUGAAUAUUGAAAGUUUCAAGGAACAACAAAAGAGACAACAAGAAGGCAAGAAAGAAGGUGACGAAAUGAGCGACUUUGUGAUGGUCAGAUCAUCCGUACCACCAGCAGCAACGACGACAGAAUCCAGUAGUGGUAGCAAUGGCGCAUCAGCAGCAGCAGCAGCAGCAGCAGCAGCACCUAAACCGCCAUUGACAUUGGCAGAAAAGGGACAGAUAUCACAACGUCAAAAGAAGCAGCAGCAGCGCAGCAAGAAGGAAGACGCAGCAGCAGCAGCUGCAGCAGCACAUGCGGCAGCAGCCAUCACGAAAACGCAUCUGGAUAAAUCGUUGAAAGAAACCCGACCCUCCAAUACGGCUGAAGAGUACAUGCGACUGAGUAUGAUCUAUAACGAAUUCGUCACUGGACGGACAGGCGAGUUACCGUCGGGCGAAGGGGCCAAGGGGAUUGGCAAACGGACAACCUUGGGCUAG